UCCUACAAACAUCAUACUUGAAGAAGGAAUUGCGCGUGCGCACUGGAAUGUUACGUUCGUCUUGAAAAUGGCUGGAACGUUUGCUGUGGCUGGGGAAGUGUUUGUAGAUGCUUUGCCUUAUUUUGAUCAGGGAUACGAUGGUGCUGGAAUCAGAGAGGCGGCUGCUGCCUUGGUGGAAGAGGAGACGAGAAGAUACCGACCCACCAAAAACUACUUGAGCUACCUGCCAACCCCUGAUUUUGCUACUUUCGAAACAGAGAUAAUGCGGAAUGAGUUUGAGAGACUUGCAGCACGUCAGCCCAUGGAACUGUUAAGCAUGAAAAGAUAUGAACUCCCAGCUCCUUCAUCUGGACAGAAGAAUGACAUCACUGCUUGGCAAGAGUGUGUCAAUAACUCCAUGGCCCAGCUCGAGCAUCAGGCUGUUCGUAUUGAGAAUUUAGAUCUCAUGGGACAGUAUGGAACUAAUGCCUGGAAAGCUUAUAAUGAUAACCUGGCCUUUAUGAUUGAAACGGCUCAAAAGGAGUUACAGAAAUUAAGAAAACAGGUUCAGGAUCUCAACUGGCAAAGAAAGAAUGACCAGCUUGCUGGAGGUGGUAAACUCCGAGAACUGGAGUCAAAUUGGGUGUCUUUGGUGAGCAAAAACUACGAGAUUGAACGGGCCAUCGUGCAGCUGGAAAAUGAGGUGGGGCAGCUUAAACAACAGCAGGGAGACGAGAACAAGGAGAAUAUUCGCCAGGACUACUAGAACCGGGAAGCAUUUUCGACUGGAGGAUCUAGAGGCUGGCAUGUUCACUGGGAUGGCCAUCAGCAGAGUACAUACUCACCUCUGGAGCACAGGAAGGACAGAGCUGGACCUUUUUCUAUUUGAAGCUGACUAAACUUGGUCAAGAUUGUUUUUUCAUUCAGAGCAUGUUUGUAGGGGGUCCCUGUACAAAAUAGUGUCCAGUCUUUCUAAAUCAUUUUGUUGUCUACUGAAGACAGUACUGAUUAUCCAGACGUUUUGUGAGGCAAAGCUGAAGCUUAUGGCUUGUGGAUAUUUGCAAGGGACCUUCACCGAACAUUUUUUUUUUUUUUUUACAAUUAGUGUUGUAAAUGGUAACUCUCAAAUUGUCACAAUCGGUGGGUGUAAUAAUUAACCAUAAAUGUCACUGCUUUGUCUCUUGUACAGAAAAAAAAACAAUUUUCAUUCUUUUUUUUAAGUAAGUGGAAUAGUUUUAUUUUAUACAUCAUUGCAAUAAAAGUGUGACGUCGGUUGACCUGGCUUGUAUUCUA